AUGGAGAAGAAGGGACUGAAUUCAGCUAGCGGGUCCUUUAUCAAAUUGGACCAUGGAGAACUCAUGUCUGAUGUGUUUGAUUCCGAGCUUGGGGUAAAAUUAUCUCGAUCAAGAUGGUGUUUACAGCACGAAAUAUUUGUCAUCGGGCUUUGCUUGUGGGUGUUCAACGUAUUUGACUGGCUGCUGAAGGAGGGAGAGAGCCGGGCCAUUGCGACUGAAUACAAUUUCAGUGCUGCUACUAUCAGAUUGAGAAAGCGAAAGGAGCUCGAAAUUCCUUGA